AACGAGACUGUCUUAGCCACGCCUCCAUGAUACCCGGAAGUGUGAGGGAAGCAGAAAGCAGCUGGGAUCAUGGGCAUCACUAAACUGGUUGAUGUGAUCCGCGCGGACGCUCCUAACUCCAUCUCCCACAGGGACAUCAGUGACUAUGCAGAAAAAGUCAUUGCUCUGGAUACUUCUGUGGUCAUGAACCAGUUUCGGACUGCAACACCUUUUACCAGCCCUCUGGCAGGUCUCUUCUUCCGAACGCUCACCUUCCUGGAACAUGACAUAAAGCCGGUCUUUGUGUUUGAUGGGAAGCCUCCGGUGGAGAAGAUUCCUCAGGUAAGAACCACGUCUGGGAUGUUGUUAUCUGGUGUUGUGGCUGAACCAGAUGUUCUGUUUGUGUUCCUGCAGCUGAAGAAGCGUGCAGAGGCAGCCGGCCGGAGCCGUCCACUGUGCACGGGAGCAGCCUCAUCCCAGACAAAAGAUUGUCUGGAGCUUCUGAAGCAUCUGGGCGUACCUGCCAUCCAGGCUCCAGGGGACGCUGAGGGACUGUGUGCCAGCCUGGUGAGGCAGGGGAAGGCCCAUGCAGCGGCCUCUGAGGACAUGGACACUCUGCCGUUUGGAGCCAACAUCCUUAUACGCCAGCUGAACGCCAAGAGGGACAGUGAAAUCAUUGAAUACUCCCUACCAAAGCUGUUGGAGGCUCUCGGGAUCAGUCAUGAGGAGCUUGUGGAUCUGUGUAUUUUGCUGGGCUGUGACUACUGUGACAAGAUCCCUGGUUUGGGUCCAAAGAAAGCUCUGACUCUGAUCCAGAAGCACCGCACCAUUGAAAACGUGCUUCUGCACAUCAACAGAGAGACUCAUCGUGUGCCACACUUCUGGAAAUACAAGGAGGCGAGGCAGAUUUUCCUGAAUCCACCACACACUCCGACCCCUGAGCUCAUCUGGGCCGAGCCUGAUGAAGAAGCCCUGGUGAAGUUUCUCUUUUCCGGUCACCACAUUAGGAGGGAGAAGGUCCGUCAUCGAAUGGAGAAGUUUCGGGAAAAGAGAAAAAGCCUUCGAGAGGAAAGGGAGAAGGAGAAGGCAGCGGGAGACUGCAGGCAGACUCGCAUGGAAGACUUCUUCAGAGUAACCAGGAAGAGAAACCGGCCCAUGGAGGCCUCGUCCUCAGGAAGCAAAAAAACAAAGUAAAGUUUCCUCUGCUGUGGAGCAUGAAGCGUGUUUCACAGCAGUGCAACCAGCAGUGCCUCAGCUCUCUGGCUGUUAGGAUUUUAGUCCCUGGCUGAAUUUUGUUAACAGCAUUUUUUCAUAUGAAUCAUGGUUUUCACAAUAUGAGUGGCACAAACCUCAUCAAGACUCUUCAGCAUCUUUGAAUCAGUGGCUGCAGCUCUACGUCUCCCCGUAGCUGCAUUCCAACAUACCCUGCUCUGGCAUGUGCCAAAUACGCCAUAACCAGCUAAUCAGACAUGAAUAGGACAAGAAUAUCUGGAACUAGUGCACACACACCGGCCCUCGAGGCCUGGGAUUGCCCACCCUGGAAGAAUCAGAGGACUGAAAGGGAACAGACGGAUCUUUGUCUGAAAACUGGGAGAAGACUGUGUCUCCUCUCUGGAUAUUCACAGAGCACCUGCUGGGUGGAAAGCCAAAGCGGACUCUGGAGACUUGAAUGUUAAAAUGUUUAAAAAAAUAGGGGGAGUUUUUUUCUCUCCCCAAUCCAUGGAGUUUAAGAAGAUAUUUUGAAAAAGAAAAUCUAAGUAUAAUGUUGUGAUCACACUUUAUAUAUAUAUCUUUACUUCUGAUUUUGUUGCUUUUGUAUAAUAAAGUCACAAUUCCAUGCUC